CCAUUCUCAUUAUGUAUGAAAUAUACACCGUUUCCUCCUUCCCACCCACUUACAUUUAUAUUACAGUAUUUCAACACUGACAGACCAUGUCACUUAGGCUACCGGUGCUAUAUUGAACAAACACCGGCAAUCCGCUUCCCCGGCGGCCUUUUUAUAGCGUUCACGUUUGAUUGAGGAUCAUCUGAAGAGCUGACGGUAGAGAGAGCCCAUUGGUGCGUCAGGGGACAAGGGCGCAUCAAGUGAUUGGUGAGCCUAGCUCAGGAAAAGUGGCACUUGAGUUCACAACAAGCACAGGCAGCAGCACAUCAGAGAGAGAUCGAGGAGCAGCCUACCGACAUGCUUCACACAGAGCGAGCAGGAUGAUUUUCUAUCACGAAUAUGGAUUUAUUGCGAUCUACUAGGUUUCAUUCACUUGCUUGCGCCUUGGUCAUCUAUGGUGCACUAACCAUAGGGAUAGAUGGUGCAUCCCCUCUGAAAGCGAGGUCGGCGGCCCCGUUAACAGACCAGUGUUUCCCCAACCCCUGCUACAACCGGGCCAUCUGCCGUAGCCGUGGUGACGGUUACUCUUGUUUCUGCGUGCCGGGGUUCCAGGGUGAGCGCUGCCAGAUCGAGGUGAACGAGUGUGUGUCGCAGCCCUGCAGGAACCGAGCCACCUGCGUAGACAGGGUGGGCAGGUACGCCUGCCUCUGCAGCCCGGGGUUCACAGGUGCCACCUGUGAGGUCCAGAUUAACGAGUGUCAAUCACAGCCCUGCCUCAACGGCGGGAGUUGUCAUGACUACGUCAACGGCUUCUCAUGCACCUGCAUGCCCGGUUUCCAGGGUGACCGCUGUGAAAUCGACGUUGACGAGUGCCAACACCAGCCAUGCCAAAACGGGGCCCUGUGUAUUGAUAGGUUGAAUGGGUACAGCUGCGACUGCUCUCAGACCACCUUCACUGGGCGACACUGUGAAACUGCUGCUCCUCCAUGCACGUCCCAGCCCUGCCUCAACAGCGCCAUCUGUGUGGAGGACAAGGGGAACUACACCUGUGACUGCUGGCCAGGGUUCAAGGGUCGUCAGUGUGAGGUGGAUGUGAGUGAGUGCAGCAGCAACCCCUGUCUGUACAGGGGACGCUGUAUAGAGCUGUCCUGGCAGAGCCUGUAUGGUUCAGAGUCUCUGCUUCCAGACCACUACGACCCACAGCAAGCUGCAGGCUUCAUAUGCAGCUGCCCACCAGGAACCACAGGUACUCUUUGUGAGGAGGUAUUGGACGCGUGUGACCCCAGCCCUUGUGAGAACGGGGGUCGGUGUGAGAGCCUUGUGGGGAGCUAUGUGUGCCACUGCUCUCCGCAGAACCACGAUGAGUUCCUGUACGGCGGACAGAACUGCAGCGAGGCUAUGGUGGGCUGUGAGGGCCACGAGUGUCAGAACCAGGGCUCGUGUUCUCCCUUCCUGAGCGACGGUCAUCAUGGCUACUCCUGCCUCUGCCCCCCGGGCCUCACCGGGCCUCUCUGCCAGACCCCCACAGCCUUCUCCUUCGAGCGGAAUGGCUAUUUGCUGUUGCAGAGCCCACUGGUGGCCGCGGAGGCCUCAUGCAACAUCACCCUGAGCUUCCGGACAGUGCUGCCCAGGGCCGUGCUCUUCCAGCGGGGCAGUAGAGGGCUGGUCCUGGGUCUGGAGCUACUGGGGGGCCAGCUGACACUCAGCCUGAGGAGGGAGGCCUUGGCUGGGGGUGGGGAAGAGGGAGAGGCCCUGCAGCUUAGGCAGACCCUGGAGCUCCCCCUUAACGUGACUGAUGGGGAGUGGCACUCUGUGAAAGCCGUGCUGGAGGACGGCCUGCUCAGCCUCAGGCUCCUGGAUGGUGGGGUCUGUCAGGAGCAGGACUGUGAGAGCGAAGCCCGGGUCGAUGGCACCCUGGCUGGGGCGGGCUUUCCAGAGUCUCCCCUCCAGAACACUUUCAUCGGCGGGGUGGUGGAGGAAGGCGCCGCCCUGGUCCCAGUCCCGGCCUUCAUUGGCUGUCUGCGGGACGUGUUUGUGGACUCCCAGCUGGUGGUUCCGGAGAAGUGGCUGAGCGACUCGGCAGUGAACGUGACUGCAGGCUGCAGCCACAGGGACCGAUGCCAGGACAGCCAAUGUGAGAACAGAGGACAGUGCAUUAACCUGUGGCAGAGCUACCAGUGCCGGUGUCCCCGGCCAUACGAAGGUCACGACUGUGCUGAGGAGUACGUGACGGCCCGCUUCGGCAACAAGGACUCUCAGAGCUAUGCCGUCUUCACCAUCACAGACAACCCAGGAAGUGACAUCACUGUCUCCCUCUUCCUGCGCACACGUCGCCAAGCUGGCCUCUUAUUGGUGCUCGUCAACAGCACCAGCCAAUACCUGCGCCUGUGGCUGGACAAGGGACGGGUCAGAGUUCAGCUCCAUAACUUUGAAACCUUGACCAGUGAGAGUGCGGUCAACGACGGAGACAUCCACUUUGUGAGCGUGGUGGUUAACCGUGUUCAUAUGGUCCUGUAUGUAGCCAACCAGAAGCAGGGCUCGGUGGAGGUCAGGACGGUGGACAGUCAAAUGGGAGAUGUCGUGUAUGUUGGGGGUCUGGCGGAGCAGAAGGCGUCAGCAGCGUUCGGGGGCUACUUUAAAGGCUGUAUACAGGACCUGAGGAUCAACGGAGAGAGACUGCAAUUCUUCAGGCUGGACACCCCGGUGACGUCAUAUCCUGUCGAGCUCAUGGCUAACGUCAUAGCGGGCUGCACUGGGGAUGAUUCCUGCAGUAGGAACCCGUGUCAGAACGGAGGGAUGUGCUACUCCAUGUGGGACGACUUCACUUGCACCUGCCCCCCCAACACUGCAGGGCGGCGCUGUGAGGAGGUCAAGUGGUGUGAGCUGUCUCCCUGCCCCGCGCGGGCAGAGUGUCACAUCCUCAGCCAGGGAUACGAGUGCUUUUCCAACGCCACUUUCCUUGACGACAGCAGUGUGCUGUCUUACCGCGGUAACGGCCGUAUCCAACGCAGCCUGGCCAGCAUCUCACUCAGCAUGCGCACCCGUAAACGCCACACCGCCAUCUUGCACGCUGAGAGUGGGCCGGAGUUUGUGACGGUGUCUGUGCAGGAUGGCCUUCUCUUCCUUGAGCUCCAGAGCGGGGUGUGGGAGGGCUCCUCCACAGUGUCCCUCAGCAGCCGGAGGAGGGUCAGCGACGGGGAGUGGCACAGCGUCCACCUCUUCAUGGUCACCCCCUGGGCAGAGACAUCCCGCUGGACCAUGGUGCUGGAUGAGGAGGCGGAGGAGGCAGGGACCUCCAGCAGCGAAGGAGGCAACCUGGACUUCCUCAGGAAGGAGGUGGACAUCCUGCUGGGGGGGCUGGGGCCCGAGGCUGGCUGGAGCCUAGUGGGGUGCCUGGGCACCGUGGAGGUGGGGGGCAUCGCCCUGCCUUACUAUAGCCCUUCAGAGGUCAACCUUCCCCGGACUCAGGAGGAGCAGUUCCUGCGGACAUCCCCCAGCCCGCCCAGGGGCGGGUGCAGUGGAGGCCCGGUGUGCCAGCCCAGCCCGUGUGUGAACAGAGGCAGCUGCCAGGACCUCUGGAACCUGUUCAACUGUAGCUGUGACGAGGGCUGGGCCGGACGCCGUUGUGAGCUCAACACAGACACCUGCGCCUCCAACCCCUGUAUCCAUGGCAACUGUAGCAUUCAGGGGCUGGCAUACAAGUGUUCCUGUGAGUUUGGCUACACUGGUAUGAACUGUGAGGAGGAGGUGGAUGUGUGUGAGAACCAUCUAUGUGCUCAUGGAGGGACGUGUCUACAUGGAGUGAACAAGUAUGCCUGUCUGUGUGCUGAGAACUACACCGGACCUUACUGCAAUGAUCGUGUUGAGGAAAUUCCAUGGUACAUAGUAGUCAACAGGAAUGGUCGGCCCAAGCUGCCAGUGUCUGUCUGUGGAGAUGAAACCAGAAACUACACCUGCUUCAACGCAGGGAACUGCACCGAGAGAGAGCUGUCCUGUGACUGUCUACCCGGCUUCACAGGGCACCGCUGUGAGCAGGAGGUGGAUGAGUGCAAGUCCAACCCCUGUCUGAACGGGGGCUACUGCCGAAACCUCAUCAACAAGUACCACUGUGUGUGUGACAUGAGUUUCGCCGGGGACAAUUGCCAGAUCGACUUGACCUCUGAAGGGCUGACCGCUGACCUGUUGCUGUCGGUCAGUCUGGUGUCAGUGGUGCUGCUACUGGCCCUGGUCAGUAUCUCUGUGGGCCUGGUGGUGGCUCUGAACCGUAGGGCCACCCACGGUACCUACAGCCCCAGCCGACAGGAGAAGGAGGGAUCCCGCGUAGAGAUGUGGAACAUAGCCCAGCCGCCGCCCGUGGAGAGACUCAUAUAAAGCAUGGCCCAGUUCCAAACCCACCACUCAGCACUGUCCCAACACUGUUCCAUGGAGACAUAUUGAGACACACUCACUGGCCUGGGCCCAGUUCCAAACCAACCACUCACCACUGACCCAACACUGUUCCAUGGAGACAUAUUGAGACACACUCACUGGCCUGGGCCCAGUUCCAAACCCACCACUCACCACUGACCCAACACUGUUCCAUGGAGACAUAUUGAGACACACUCACUGGCCUGGGCCCAGUUCCAAACCAACCACUCACCACUGUCCCAACACUGUUCCAUGGAGAGAUAUUGAGACACACUCACUGGCCUGGGCCCAGUUCCAAACCCACCACUCACCACUGACCCAACACUGUUCCAUGGAGAGAUAUUGAGACACACUCACUGGCCUGGGCCCAGUUCCAAACCCACCACUCACCCACCACUGUUCCAUGGAGAGAUAUUGAGACACACUAUACUGACCUGGGCCCAGUUCCAAACCCACCACUCACCACUGACCCAACACUGUUCCAUGGAGAGAUAUUGAGACACACUAUACUGACCUGGGCCCAGUUCUAAAACCACCACGCAGCACUCAUCACUGUCCCAAAACAAGCUGAAUCUCAAACCGAACACUUGGCCCUUGAUCGAGUGAUCCAGCCACACUGACUGUCCUGGGCCCAGUUCCAAACCCACUACUCGACAUGAUGGAGAGACUCAUAGAGGAGACUUUAUACCAAUAUCAUCGCUGAGGUAAUAUAAUACUAUAUGCCAUUUAGCAGACACUUUUAUCCACGUUUUACGUAUGUGCGGUCCCGGGAACCGAACCCACUAUCCUGGUGUUGCAAGCACCAUGCUCUACCAGCUGAGAGGUCCUUCCUGACCUGAUCUUUAAGCCUGGUCUCAUAGACUAGAUGUAACAUAGUAAAGGUAAAUCCAGAAUACUGAAAUGAGUAUGUUGUGUUAUGUUUUGUAUGGUUACAUAAGACAUAAGGCAAAAAUGAAAGUACGGUGUUUGGUCUGGGUGGAUGUAUAACGCCAAUGUCUAGCAACCCAAAUGUUGCGUGUUUGAAUCAUGACGGGCAGAUUUAGAAUUUUAGCCACUACUUACUACUUUUUAGCCACUUUGCAACUACUUAGCAUGUUAGCUAACCCUUACCCUAAACCAUUAACCCAACUCCUAACCUUAACCCCUAUUACAACUAACCUCGCUAACGUUAGCAUUGGCCGCUUAGCUAACGUUAGCCACAACUAAUUGGAAUUCGUAACAAAUCAUACGUUUUCAAAAUCGUAACAUAUUGUACGAAAUGUAUGAUGCACAUCCAUAAAUCAAUACAUACCAUACGAAACGUAACAUAAGCGUACUAAUUGGAGUAUUCGGGAUUUACAUUUACUAUGUUACGUUUAUCCCUGAGUCCAGGUUGGAUCUUAUCGAGGAACACUCCACUUGGGAUUUCUACUGUUUCUUCUGAACAGCUUGCAACCCGUCAUUUUGCCUCAGCCGCAAAUACAAAUACUGCACCUUUCAUUUGGUCUUCAAAAAACCUUGAAUGUUGUAGUGAAAUGGAAGCUCCAGAGGACCGCUCUGCACUAGAUGAGGAUAUGAAUAGAUAGACAAGGCUUCCAGUCUAGCCACUAGAUAUAGAAGUAUUCUGCUUUACUUAAACAUUUAAGAACACAGGGGUCCGAAAAUAACCCAAUUGUCAUACUUGAGUAAAAGUAAAAGUAGCUUAAUAGAAAAUGCCUCAAUUGAAAGUCACCCAGUAAAAUACUACUUGAGUAAAAGUCUAAAAGUGUUUUGUUUAAAUAUACAUAAGUAUCAAAAGUAAAUGUAAUUGCUAAAAUGUACUUAAGUAUCAAAAGUGUAAAUCAUUUCAAAUUCCUUAUAAUAAUCACACCAGACGGCACCAUUCUUGUUUAUUUAACUUAUGGAUAGCCAGGGGCACACUCCAACACUCAGAGAUCAUUUACAAAGGACGCAUGUUUACAAUUGGCUCAUUCAUCCCCCUCCUCUCCCCUGUAACUAUUCCCCAGGUCGUUGCUGCAAAUGAGAACGUGUUCUCAGUCAACUUACCUGGUAAAAUAACAGUAAAAAAAGAAAAGAAAAAAAAGAAAUGUGUUUAGUGAGUCUGCCAGAUCAGAGGCAGUAGGGAUGACCAGGGAUGUUCUCUUGAUAAGUGUGCGAAUUAGACCAUUUUCCUGUCCUGCUAAGCUAUCUAGCUAAGUACUUUUAGGUUUCAGGGAGUAAAAAGUACAUCAUCUUCCUUAGGAAUGUAGUGAAGUACAAGUAUAAGUUGUAAAAAAUAAAGUACAGAUACUCCCCCAAAAACUAUUUAAGUAGUACUUUAAAGUAUUUUUAAAGUAUUUUUACACCACUGAGAACACACAAAAGCAAUCAAAGGCCGGGAUUCAAUCGAAACUCGCUUUGUCCGCUAUGCACCUUUUUAAAGACAAUGUUGGCCCGUUUGCGGAAACAGCAUUCUUGGUAAAUGCUGCAUUUGUCGGCUCAAUCGGAAAUGACCUUUAAAUGGCGCAGAGCCGACAAAAAGCGCAAUUGGAUUGAAUCCUGGACAAAGUUUCAAAAGAUGAUGUUUGUAUAUAUUGUUACAUUACUUUUUUGUAUCUAUACAGCUUUCCAUUAUUUUCCAUUGAUUGUGUAUAUACUGUAUGAAGACAGAUCCUGUUGUGUAUAUGUACUUUGAUGAUUUGUGUGGUAAUUUAUUCUUCUGUCCGUUGGGAACCUGGUGACUAUCUGAAGACGUCUGUAUGUAAAGCUCAGGAGGGGAGCGAUUAGCAUUUUGUAUAUUUCCUCUGCUAUGGAAAAGACUUUGGAGAGUCAGACAGCCGGUGAACCAUUUGUUAGUCACGUGUCUCAAGCGAGGCGAAGCCUGCAUCCUCAGUGUUUUUACCCCACAGCCUCAACAGUACCUCUACGUUACCAGAACAUCAUCUCCUAUUCAGUAACAUGUGAAAAUGUAGAGUUUGGUUUUUCAGGUCCUCAACAUUUACUGAUUUUUUGUUGAAAACCAAUUCAUGAUCAAUUUGUACUUCUGCAGUCAACUGUAUUGUAUAUCAUAUGACGCGUGUUCAUAUUGCUGUAUGUCCAAAGGUCUGUCUUACAGCAAAGCAAACAUCCCAUUGUCAUUUUUGUGGCCUGUAGAUUUCUCCCAAUGUAGCCUAGAGUCUAAUGAGUGUAUGAGGGAGGCUGGACUACGGUUGGUUUUGAAUGUGACUGCAUGCCAACCGGUUGGGUAUCUCCUAUAUGGCAAUAAAGAUCCCAUCAGAUCUUUAUGUAACUCACUCUCUUAUAAUCAGUUAUAAUAAUGACACUCAUUUCACUGGUAGGUUUCAAAUCAAUAAAUCUUUAUCCAUGAAA